CUACAGGUGAUCCCAGUGAAAGAGAGUGCAUUGACUGAUGGCUGACCUAGGAACUGAUCCUCAGUCAUCUAAGUCUGAGCCGCUGGUAAAUAAUAAAACUCCUGCAACCCAGCCUCCUGCAGCCUUUCCAGCUGAAGCAUAUCCAUAUGGAGCCUAUCCUCCUGGUGCAUUUCCUCCUGGGGUAUAUCUGCCUACUGCCCAGCAGCCUGUUGCCCAUCCACCUGGGGUCUAUAGCAAUCAAGUUCCUCUCGGACCAGGUGGUAUUCCAAUGAUGGCAGCACUGAGCAGGAUCCCAAAUUGCCCACCGGGUCUGGAGUAUCUCACUCAGGUAAGUGAGCAUUUGUUGAGAUCUUCCUGAUCAAGGUGUGUGCGU